CUGUGAUAAUAGCGUCACCCGUUAAAAAAAAAAGGAAAAAGUGUUUACGUUUACGUAUUUUUAAUCCGACAAUCAUCUAACAGACGAAUUCUAUACUUUUGAUAAACAGUAAUUUUCUAGCCGGUCACUAGGCGUUUCAAAAAAACUUUGUUUCUCCGUGCCCCUUCAAUGCAUUCAUUACUUUCUCGAGGUAAUUCGGUGCUGGCGUACACGUUGAGCGUGCUCGUUACGCUUACGUUCGCUUGUUUUCUGUCCACAAUUAUGGUCGACUAUCGGACGGCAACCGAAAUGAAGACGCUCAAAAUCGAAGUGAAAAACUUACCAGAGUAUGGUGUUUCCAAGAAAGUUAACGACUUGGGUCAUAUUACGUUCAAUCUUAAUGCAGAUCUCACUAGUCUGUUCAAUUGGAAUGUAAAACAACUGUUUGUUUACCUGACUGCUGAGUAUCAGACACCGACUAACACACUAAAUCAAGUAGUUCUGUGGGAUAAAAUAAUUUUAAGAGGUGAAGAUUCAAAUCUGCGUCUAAAAAAUAUGCGUACAAAAUAUUACUUUUGGGAUGAUGGAAAUGGUUUAAGAGACAAUAAGAAUGUGACUCUAUCACUGUCAUAUAACAUCAUACCAAAUGUAGGUCGGCUGCCAAUAAUAGGUGCUAUUGGAUCUCAUUCAUUUAGUUUCCCAGCGGAAUACACACGAUGAUGACAAUACAUUGUUCCUGAUUUGAAAAUAUCAAUAUUUUAAUAAAAUGUGUUAAUAUUUUUUUUUCUCUUCAAAAUGAUUGUAUUAUUUUUUUAAU